AUGGACAGAGUUUGUAAGGUUUCUCUUUUUUCUGCCCGUUUACUGGUACUUUGAACCAUGAAUAUUGUGCGGAGAUUCGUGAAAUCUUCUAAUGGGCUAUGCAAGCUGGUCAGAAAUUGGUUAGCUCAAAACGAAGCCGUCUUGUGAAUCGGUUGUCUAUGAGAAGGUCUAAAAUAUUAUAAUUUCAGUUGGAAACAUCCCGUACAAUGCCACAGAUGCGCACCAGAGGAGCACCCUUGACACCGACCUGGAAUCCCUCACGGAGCCGCGUAUGAGGUGAGUAGCCUGCUCUCGCUACCCGACGUCUUGAGUUUACAUCUUCCAGGUUGUCUGUCCUGAACAUAAAUAGUCCCAGUCUUUGGUCCCUAACAAUUCUUUCUCUAUUACAGUGAUUUGAAGAGAAUUUGGUAACGUUUUAGUUUCUUUCCUAAAAAUUUAGUUUAUGAUAAUCUGUGAUGCCCUCUAAAUCCUCUUCAACUCACUUUUACUGUCUAUUUUGUCUUUGAGAAGAUUUCAAUCUUUUCAUGUCUAAAAUAUUAUAAUUUCAGUUGGAAACAUCCCAUACAAUGCCACUGAGGCCGAGAUUGGUCAAUUCUUUAGCUCUGCUGGUCCAGUCACCAACGUUCGGUAAGAAUUCUCUCUAUUUUUCACAUUUAGGUAUCACGUCCAUGGUUAAACCGUAAUAUAAUUUAAUUUUUUAGCCUGGUUUACGACAGAAUGACCAACCGCCCCAAGGGAUUCGGAUUCUGCGAGUAUGCCGAUCAACAAUCCGCCGAAAACGCCGUCAACACGUUGAACUCGACUGACUUCCAAGGCCGCACGCUCCGUGUGAACUACGCCAACAAGUAA